AUGUUCCUCUUUAUUCCCCCCGAGUCUGUCCGCAACUUGGCUCUCAACGGAAAAGCAAUGGGAACGGCAGGCGGCACUGAUGCCAACAAUGUCGGGACGCUGGGUCCUGGCGGCACAAAGGCAACAUACCUACGCUUUGUCUUGAGCAAACCACCGUCUCUUGUCGGACCACACCAGCACCUACAACCGCGCAAUAAAUCCUCUGGUCGAGUGUGGGAUUCGCUAUGCGCCCUCGCCCACCAGACCAGCCUCGAUGUCUGCUUCACCAUGUCUGGCAGGUUAUCGGCGCUGCGGUUGCUUGGCCUCUGCGACGCCGUAUCGCGCGGUCUCGGUUCCAUAGCCGCCCACGCUAAUAGGGCGAGUCUCUACGCUGGCAAGGGUGGGACCUUGGUCGAUGUGGGAAUAGCAAGACUCAUGCCUGCUACUACUGCUGCUGCUUCUGCCAAGCCGCCUCCGGCUCUGCACACAUGGUUUUCUCGGGUUGUCGACAGUCGACUCGCCGUGAUGAGACACGAGUUGACCGACAGCCUUUCGGAGCAGAUGCAGGGUCUGGAGACUCGUCUCGAGACUAGUUUACAAAAGUAUAUUGAUGAGCGCCUCGGUGAGAUACGGGUGGAUAUGCGGCAGGAGAUAACUAACAUGGUGGAUGUUGAGGGUGAGCGUAUAAGUAUCGAGGUACAAGAUUUGGUACAGGAAGAACUAAAUCAGGUCGAGGAGACUCUCAGAGAGCGUAUAGAGAAUAGCAGCUUGUCUUUACAUUUUGGCCCUUGA